ACAUUAGCUGUUUUGGUCACCAUCACAGCAACCUUCGUGGUGUUGUCAAACGUCACCAUCGUGGUGGCCAUGAUGGUGUCACGUGGCGCACGUACAACACACAACGACCACAACAUCACAAAACUUCUGAUCUUGUCCAUGGCAUGUGUGGAUUUUUUAGUGGGAACAGCACACAUGCCAAUCUAUACCGUACUUCUUGUGCAUAACGGCAACUGGAUUCUGGGAGCGCAGUUUUGUAACAUCUUUCAUGGAAUGAGCAAUGUCUUGUGUGGUGCCAACGCGUGUCAUAUACUGUGUAUAGCUGUGGAUAAAUACCUGGCGGUCUGCAAACCGCUGGUGUAUAGAAUCCUUGAUAAAAGAAUCGGUCAAGUCAUGGUCGUCCUGUCAUGGAGUCUACCGAGUGCAAUGUUCUUACUGCCUCUGGCGACAGCCUGGUUUGCGACAAAUAUUGAAGAAAUGCCAAGCGGUGGUAAAAAUAUUAUGUUUUGUUCACCUGUCCUCAACAAAAAUAUCCUUAUCUUGUUUCAUAUUCUUGGCUUCUAUUUCCCGAUAUUAACGUCUUACCUUUUGUACGCGCUCACAUUUUCUGAGAUUUGGAAAUUCAACCAAAGGAAAUAUCGUAAUGCAAAACACAAUUUUCAGUUAGAUCUAAAUGUCUCCAACAAAGGAGGUCCAUUUCCGUCCAAGUGUGACAGUGGCUCCAUCUCGCAAGGAGGUCCAUUUCCGUCCAAGUGUGACAGUGGCUCCAUCUCGCCUACUUCAAACCCACCAAGAAACUCGAGGAGCUCUUCUGGAAGUUGUGAAAUUAAAACUAUGCAACAGACAAGAAAUGUAUCCUCUAAAAUGGCGGGGGAAAUUGCGUUGUCCGGACGGAUUUCACGAAACAUCAAAGCUAUCCGUACACUCGGGACUAUCAUCGUUUGUUUCAGUGUGUGCAGGGCGCCCACUUGGAUAUCCUCUGCUCUCUUUGUAUACAUGGGCUACGAAAUACCAUUUCGUUAUUUUUUCUAUGCGGGAUUGUUUGUAUACGUGGACUCGGGUAUCAACCCAGUAAUGAGUGGCUUUUUCAAACCUAUCAGAAAAGCC